AUGCUGAGGCAUGGCGCCGUUCGCCAGGGCAUUCGUCGGUGCGCAAGGUCGUGUUUGUCUAGAAGAGAAUAUGCGUCGGUGACAGACUUGGAGAGUUAUCCUAAGCCUGGUGAGAGCAUACACGGGUUCACGCUGAGAGAAAUAAAGCAUGUGCCGGAACUGCACUUGACAGCGUUGAGGUUGGAGCAUGAGAAAACUGGCGCAGAGUAUCUUCAUGUCGCCCGGGAUGAUAAGAACAAUGUCUUUGCCAUCAACUUCAAGACAAAUCCUACCGAUAGGACAGGUUUGCCGCAUAUACUCGAACAUGUUACGCUAUGUGGGAGUGAAAAGUAUCCUGUGAGGGAUCCCUUCUUCAAGAUGAUGCCGAGAUCACUGGCAAAUUUCAUGAACGCAUUUACAUCUUCUGAUUACACCUCAUACCCGUUUGCCACGACAAAUCUGCAAGACUACCGCAACCUCUCCUCGGUAUACUUGGACGCGACUCUCCACCCGUUGUUGAAACGUACGGAUUUCUUGCAAGAAGGGUGGCGGCUUGGGCCCGAAGACCCCCGGGAGCCGGCGACAGAAGACAAUAUCAAGUUCAAAGGGGUCGUCUAUAACGAGAUGAAAGGGCAGAUGUCCGAUGCUAGCUAUCUUUUCUACAUCAGAUUUAGAGAACACCUUAUACCGUCUCUACACAAUUCUGGUGGUGAUCCCGAAGUCAUGACACAGCUCACGCAUGAUCAGCUCGUCGACUUCUCUCGCAAGAACUACCACCCCAGCAACGCAAAGAUAUUCUCUUACGGCAGUCUGAGUCUCUCCGAGCAACUUCGACAUGUGGACGAGACCAUAUCGAAAUUCGAAAAAGCGACGCCGGAUUCAGAGAUCAAGUUGCCAAUCAGUUUCUCCAACGGUCCCCUAGCUUUCGAAGUCCCUGGCCCCGUCGAUACAAUGCAACCCCCUGACCGGCAGUUCAAGUCUUCCCUUUCAUGGAUGGGCUGCCCCUCAUCGGACAUCGUCGAGACCUUUUGUGUGAGCAUAAUGAUGUCGUUGUUGAUGAACGGCUAUGGCUCUCCACUGUACCAAGGACUGAUCGAGUCGGGCUUGGGAACCAAUUUCAGCCCGAAUUCAGGAUACGACGCCUCUGCAAGGGUUGGCGUAUUCUCGAUAGGGUUAGACGGGAUGAAGGCUAAAGAUGUUGUUGGGUUGAAACAGGCCGUUCAGACAAUCUUGCAAGAGAAAGCUCACGAGGCAUUUCAGACAAAUAAGAUCGAAGGCUAUAUGCAUCAACUAGAGCUUUCCUUGAAACACAAAACAGCCAAUUUUGGAAUGGGUUUACUGGAAAAAACUCUCCCUGGGUGGUUUAAUGGAGUCAAUCCAAUGGACUCGCUGUCGUGGAACCAGAUCAUCGACGCCUUUAAACGACGAAUGAACAAGGAGAAGUAUCUUGACCAACUCGUGCAAAAAUAUCUCAUGAAUGACAGCUGCAUGCAAUUCACAAUGACUCCUUCAGAAUCUUAUGCUGUCACCUUAGACAUGCGGGAAGAAGAGCGACGGAAGAACAUCCUAGACAACAUCAAGAAGACCGCCAGCUCACCGGAAGCCGCAAUCUCCGAGCUUGGUCAACAGGAACUCGAGCUCGUUGAGGAACAAGAAAAGGCCCAAGACAAGAAUUUGGAGACCCUCCCGACUCUUCGCGUCAGUGAUAUUGCCCGGGAAAAAGAGAGGAAGCCACGGUACCAUUUGAAUAUUGGUGAUGUGGACUGCUUGUGGCGUGAGACCGAGACGAACGGCAUCACUUAUUUCCAAGCAAAGCAUCUUCUGAAAAACCUUCCGAACGAGCUGAGGCUACUGCUACCGCUAUUCACCGACUCACUGAUGCGGCUGGGAACGAAGACAAUGUCCGUGGGAGACCUCGAAGCCGAAAUUCUCCUGAAGACCGGCGGCGUUACAGUCUCGUCCUUUGCGGCGCCGGAUCCGUGGAGCUUAGACAAGUGCAACGAAGGACUCUUGGUUGACGGAUAUGCGCUCGACAGGAAUGUCCCUGCGAUGCUUGACCUCAUCCGGACCCUACUGUUGGACAUUGACUUCACGAGUCCGGGAGCCAUUGCUGCGAUUCGAGAGCUCCUUGAAUCCAAGGCUUCGGGUGCACUCGAUGCAGUUGCAGAAAGCGGUCACCACUUCGCCAUAACAAGCGCUUCUGCCGCCCUGACGGAAAGAGGGCGGAUCCAAGAUCAGCUUUCUGGUCUUUCGCAAAUAGAGUCUACCGCUCGAAUACUGGAUGCAGCCAGACGAGAUCCAGGGAGCUUGGAGCAGGUCAUCCAGAAGCUACAGACCAUUCAAUCAAUAGCAGUCGCCAACUCGGCGGAUUUGUCGAUGCGUGUCGUGUGUGAACCCGGCUCGGUUAAGAACAAUCGAGAUCUCAUCGAGAGAUUUCUGGUGCAACUGCCUCGAGGGCAGCCAUCAGUGAGUAAUCCAGCUCCAUCAAAUGCUGUACCAGGAUCGUCGCUGUCGAGGCGGGCAUUCUUCGACUUGCCAUUUCAAGUCUCCUAUACGGGAACAUGCCUGCAAACUGCACCUUACAACUCACCGGACAAGGCGCCACUCACGGUCCUUGGUCAGCUCUUGGUCCACAACUUUCUCCAUCCCGAAGUUCGAGAAAAAGGCGGCGCUUACGGUGCAUCGGCGAGCGCAAGCCCGAUCAGUGGACUGUUUACCAUGUCUUCAUACCGGGACCCAAAUCCCCGUACUUCUUUAAGCGUCUUCGAGCGCGCGGGGGUGUAUGCCCGCGACAAAGACUGGAGCGGUCGAGAACUUGAGGAGAGCAAGCUAAGCAUCUUUCAAGGUAUUGACGCCCCCAGAAGUGUAAGCAGUGAAGCCAGUAAGGAGUUCAUGUACGGCAUCACCGAGGAUAUGGACCAAGAGAUGCGCGAGCGCCUCCUGGGUGUCACAAAAGAGGCCGUUCACGCGGUCGCCCAGAAGUAUCUCGUGGACCUCCCUUCGGAUUUGAGGUCCUCGUGUGUCCUGGGGGAGAAGAAAGACUGGAUCGAGCAGGAUCCGGAACGAUGGCAGGUCAAGACUCUGAAAAUGUCUGUCGAAGUUUAG